CUACCCCUUACACCCAGAUUUUGCCUGGUAUACAUGCCGCUAUCUCAGCUGCCGCAAACAUAACUUUACAUGAACCGGUAAUCGUAUUUACAACUCAUUGUGUCGCCGCAUUAAUGAAUGCAAGCCAAACGCAAUAUCUCACCCAGGCACGUCUGGGCCGCUAUGAACUGACAUUGUUGAAUAAUCCAAAUUUGACCUUUCAGCAUUGUUCUACAAUAAAUCCAUCUGCCUUUUUGACAGAGCCACCUGAGCCUUGCACAGAGCCGCCCCACAAUUGUGAGAUGGCCAAUGACUUAUUGACAAAAACAUGGGAAGGAUUGUCUGAUAUCCCAUUGGAAGGCAACAUACCAUCAUGGUUUGUCGAUGGCUCCUCUAUGGUUAUCCCUGAAACAGGACAGCGGGCUUCCGGCUAUGCAGUAGUAAACGGGUCACAGAUGAUUUUGGAAGAAGGAAGGUUUCAGAUUCCGUUAUCAGCACAACAGGCAGAACUAUUUGCCCUAACUCGAGCCUGCAUAUUAGCAACGGACAAACAAAUUAACAUCUAUACUGAUUCCCGAUACGCCUUCGGCGUUGCUCAUGACUUUGGCGCUCUCUGGCAACACCGAGGAUUCCUGACCUCGGCAGGAACACCCAUUAAGAAUGCCCUUUUUGUGCGUAAUUUGCUUAUGGCGUUGAUGCUACCAGAACAGCUGGCCAUUAUUAAAUGUACUGCACACACUGGUGCUGGGGACCCUAUAGCAAAAGGUAAUGAAUUUGCCUAUAGUGUAUCCAAGCAAGCAGCCUGUACAUCCAAAUGCGUGGUGACAUCUGAUAAACAGAUACGAGCAAAUAGAACGGUCCUGCCAGAUAUGAGGGAGGUAUGUGCAUUACAGAGGGACGCCUCUGAUAACCAAACAGAACUGGAAACAAGAGGGCUGUGCCAUUGACUCCACCACAGGUCUUUGGCUCGCCCCGCUUGGGCAAGUUUGUGUAUCUGAUGCAUUUUUACCUGUUUUACUAACACACAUUCACUCCCUUACCCAUGCUGGUAAGGCGGGAAUGAUAAGGAUGACAAAAGAGACGUGGUGGCACCCAUAAAUUCAGCAAGAGGCACUGAAGCAGGCCUCUGAAUGUAAAAUUUGCCAACUAAGUAAUCCAGGCAAACCAAUUAAGAUACCCUCAGGGGUGAUGCCAAUGCCAUCACGACAGUUUGAAUGCAUACAGAUUGAUUUUAUUGAAAUGCCAAGGGCCCAGUUUUAUAAAUAUUGCUUAGUGAUUUUAGAUUUAUUUAGCAGGUGGAUUGAAGCUCUACCAACCACUAAUAAUACUGCUGAAACUACAGUAACAUUGUUGUUAAGAGAAGUUAUUCCCAGGUUUGGCCUACCUACUGUCAUAAGCUCGGACAAUGGUCCCCAUUUUAUUGCCACUAUUAAUAAGGAAAGAUGUGCACAUUUUAAUAUCCAACAGCAAUUUCACUGUGUACACCACCCACAGGCAUC